UGGCGAGGGACCAUUCGUUGAAAGGUCCGUUUUUAUUGUAGUAACUCUACGAACCUCCCAGUUGCUCUCCAAGACUCCAACUAAACCUGUAUGCAUACGUUUGUAGUGACUCCUUAAUUCCGUUAAAUUUUAGGACUUCUGCCGCUUUGCUAAGGGUAAACAUUAGAGCCUUGAGUUGGGGCAUACAACUGCGUAUACAGCAAUGCAAUAAGCCAACGAUGCGCUGGGCUGGAGGCCUGGCAUCGUGGCUUGCAGCUACGUUUUUGCUGUCUAUCUUGUUUUCCGCAUCACGACAAUGGAGCGUAUCCGCAGCAACUGCCUGGACCUGCGAUACUUGCUCUGAUGAUGCGGAACCCAUAUGCAUUGCCGGAGUAACAUUUAGACAUCGCUGCUUGGCUGAAUGCCAGGGUCUCUCUGGCGGCAAAGAUGGGCCGUGCCGAGGCGACGACCAGCUAGCACGUGUGACGACAGUCGGCAGUGCAGCGACGUCUGGGACGCAGCCUGGGGCGCCCACUGCAGCCGCUGCUGCACCACCCGACCGGCGUAGUCAUCCGCCGGGCAGGGGAGCAAAAAGCCGGCAUCGCCGGCACCAUGUAUCUGACAUGCGACGCUUUGCUUCAGAGGGCUUUGUGCUCGUAGGAUCGUUAGGCCUGCGUGACGGACCUAGCGCAGACUGGGACCCGAAGCGCAUGUCGGCAAGGAUGCGAGUGAGUCCCGGGGCACACCAGCAGCAGCAGAAGCAAGCCUUCAGGGCUGCCGCAGCAGAGGACAGCGACAAGCUGCAGGUGCGAGCUCUACGCUACACUCCAGAAGACGGGCGGCUAUAUGUGGAGGCCUCGGCACGGCCGGCUCUGGACUCCCUCCUCAGCCGCCACCGCCGCAGCGCUCUCGUAGAACACGUGCACGGGACGUCCGCAUCCUCAGCUGCGGGCGACAGCGGCGGCGGCGGUGGUUUUGUUCCCGGACCUGAGUCGGCUAGGAGAUCCAAUUUAGACGCUGGUCGCAGUUUUGUCUCGGAGCUAGGUCACAUGGAUGCUACAGACGGCAGCGAAGAUGUUGCGGCUACUGCCAAGGCCGCGGUAGCGGCCGCGGCCGUGGCUGCGGGUGCUGACGGCAGGUCCAACAUUACACAGCAACAGGAGCAGCAGCAGCACGGGCGAAAGCUGCUUUCAGACAACCGCUGGCGUGUGAAGGACGCAUCUGUGUAUCCUUACAGUGCCAUUGCAUACAUAACCUACACUCAACCCAUCACCAAUGCCAGAUACCAGUGCUCUGCGACCUUCAUCACGCCAUGGGACGUUCUGACUGCGGCACAUUGCGUUUGGGACUUUGACAACAGCACCGGCUACACAGAUUGGCGCAUCUGGCCAGCUCUUGCGUCCAACAGCCUGGACAGCUCGGCAGCUUUCACUGCAGAAUAUGCAACUUUUUACCGCACUGAAAACGGAACCGAUAAGAGCUACAACUACCAGCGAUACGCCGUGAACUACUACGAUAUCGCGCUUAUUCGCGUGAAGCGUCCACACACCUCUUGGCUGGGUAUGAAGUACGACUGCGCUCGUCCCACCUACCCCAAAACCCUUGCCUGCGGCUACCCGGCCUUCAGCCCUGCCGUGUACUGGCAGUUCUGUAGCCAGUGCUUUCUGACGACGUCCCAAUGCAGGCCCAUGUGGCAAAUGUACAACUACUGUUACUCCACGCGGGGCCAAUCCGGCAUGGCCAUUACAGACCUGGAAGACCUCCGUGUGCUAGGCGUGCUGAGCGGCGGUCCCACAGCCAGUUGGGACUACUCCUACUGGACACCCAUUGACGCCUUUCACUUCAGCAACCUGCUCCUCUGGAUGUGGCCUGGCGCCCAGCUGCCGCCGCCGCCCUCGUUCCCAUCACCGCAAACACCACGGCAGCCACUGCCCCCAUCGCGGCCCUCACCUCCCAGUCCGUCACCGCCACGGCCCCCGCGCCCCCCGCCGCGACGGCCGCCCCGUCCGCCGUCGCCGCGACCCUCACCGCCAUCUCCGCCACCCAAGACGCCUCCGUCACCUCGGCCGUCUCCACCCCGGCCUUCUCCUCCUCCUCCUCGUCCUCCGCCACGCCCUCCCCCACGCACCAAGCCGUCCCCGCCGCUGCCGCUGCCGCCCCCUCCACGCCGCUCUCCGCCGCCAACCGCAGCCAUGCGGAUGUCUCCACCCCCGCCAAAGCGCUCCCCUCCGCACCCCUCUCCCUCUCCACCCCUUCCGAUUCCCCGUCCUCCGUCUCCCCGCCCGCCACCUUCUGUCAAGAAGUCGCCACCACCCUCCUCCGCGCCCCGAAGUGCCGCCUCUACCUCGCCGGAGUCCUUCCUGCAACUUAUAGGCAGCCCUCCGCCGCUUGGUAAGCCGGCUCCCAAGAGCCCCCUGCCGCCUAAACCGCAGCCGACGUCGCCACCGUCGCUGCCGGAGCCGCUCCUGGAAGGCCCUCCUGCUGCUCCUGCUGUUGCCCCUCCUGCGGCUGCUCCUCCUGCUGCUCCUCCUGCUGCUCCUCCUGCUGCUCCUCCUGCUGCUCCUCCUGCUGCUCCUCCUGCUGCUGCUCUGCUGAAGGCCUCUCCGCCGCCAGACAGCAGCUUGAGUACACGGGCAGCGAGCGGCAGCAGCUCCACUGGGGCCAGCGCUGUGGUGGCUACUGUGCCAGCGGCGAGUGUGAAUGCGACUGGCACAGUGUCUGCUGCUUCGGAAUGCACAAACGGCACGCUCCGACUGCGCGACGGCCCCAACGCCUGGUCGGGUCGCCUGGAAAUCUGUUUGGGGGGCCGCUGGGGCAGCGUCUGCGACAUUGGGUGGACCUGGGAUGACGCGCGGGUGGCAUGCAGGCAGCUGGGCUACCCCGAGGGCGGUGAGGCCCUAAUCGGCGGCUGGUUCCCGGCAGCCGCCUCAAGCGUGCCCGUUCACCUAAGCAGCGUCGGCUGCUUGGGUAGUGAGGCUUCCCUAGGCGGCUGUACGGCGCAGCGUAACCCGGGGACGCAGUGCGCUCAUAGGAAUGAUGCGGGUGUCAUUUGCAGCAACGCAGCAGUGGGUUCGCCGCCGCCGGCUAAGGGCUCGACGAAUGGCAGCGGCAUGCAGAGCGGGGACUACCCGUGCGGUGUGCAGGGGGCGUUGCGGAUUGUGAAGGCGGCAGGCAGCGUCGCAGCUUCGGCAGGACGGCUGGAGGUGUGCGUUCAGGGGCAGUGGGGCAGCGUCUGCGACGACGGUUGGGACGACAUUGAUGCCUCCCUCGCUUGCCGUCAGUUGGGUUUCCCGGGCGGUUGGGCGCUAACAACCUCAACCGACUACAGCACCGGUGCGCUGUCCCCCGGGCCCCUCAACAUGACCAUCUGGCUUUCCAAUGUCGGCUGCACCGGCAAGGAAGCCGCCUCCAGUGGGAUCCUGUCCUGCAGCCGCGGCUCACCGCUAGGCCAGGCAUCCUGCUCGCAUCAGGAGGACGCGGGCGUCGUGUGCAGCGCUCGUCCCACACCUCCCAUACCUCCCAGGCCGCCGCCACCCGAGUGCUCGGAAGACGGGGCUCUGAGGCUCGCGCCGGUGGUCGGGAUGCCUGAGGGCGCCGGCCGGCUGGAGGUCUGCUACCAGGGGCGCUACGGACUCGUGUGUGACGACGGGUUUUCAGUGACGGAGGCUCGAGUGGCGUGUAGGCAGCUGGGGUACACCUACGGCCGACCCUUGGGUCAGCCCAACGUAGGGGCGGCAGGCGACCCAGGUGACAGCGCGUUCUUCUUGAUGGACGAGCUGGACUGUACGGCGUACGAGCAGAACUAUAACAGCGGCUUGUGGCGCCUGACGCAGUGCAUGUUUAGCGACUGGGGCGUCAAUGAUUGCGACACAAAGCUUGAGGCGGUGGGCGUGGUGUGUUCGAAUGAUUCCUCAAUCAUGCUACCGUCACCGCCCGCAACAGCCCGCCCGCCUCCUUCACCCUCAUAUGCAUGUAGCGGCGCCGGCUCGGUUCGGCUGGUUGGCGGAAACUCCUCCGCGGGGCGCGUGGAGUUGUGUGCACGGGGAGUUUGGGGAACGGUUUGCGAGGACGGCUGGGAUGACAAGGACGCCGCCGUGGUAUGUCGCCAGCUGGGCUGGGUCGACGGCACCGCUGUCGCAAGCGCAGCUACCCAACCUCUGACCGGCUAUCCGGCGGGCAGCUCCUCCCAGCCUGUGCUGCUAGCGGACGUGAAUUGCACCGGAAGCGAAGGCACCCUAACCGCCUGCGCCAGCCGGAACGCCACCGGGCUGGCUAGGUGCAGCAGCCCCCGCAGGGAUGUGGGCGCGGUGUGUAGCAUGGGCAGGCCGCCGCCGCCGCCCGUGGAUCCCUUUGCAUGCAGCCAGCCGGACUCGGUGCGGCUGAUGCGUGACAGCAACAGCAGCAGCACCGCUGAGGGAGCAGGGCGGGUGGAGAUCUGCCACUCGGGCCGGUGGGGCUCUGUGUGUCGAGACGGCUGGAACGACACGGCUGCAUCGGUGGUGUGCAGGCAGCUGGGUCUCUCGGGUGGUGCAGCGGUGACAGACGACCGCUUCGGCUCGGCCAGCAAGGACCUGCCGGUGUGGGUGGACGAGGUGGUGUGUCGCGGCGGAGAGACCUCCCUGGUGGGCUGCAGCAUCCGCGCCUGGGGCAGCAGUGACUGCUGGCGCUGGCCCCGGCUGGACGCGGGUGUGAGCUGCGGCCCGCCGAGCCCCUCUUCGAGUCACAGCCCCAGCCCGAGCACCGUGUCAGUUGCUCCCAGCCCGGCGACAGUCGGCGUCGGCCCCGCAGCUGUGUCGCCGCCGCCGCUGUUGAGCUCCUCGCCGCCUCCGUCGCCGCCGCCGCGGAGGCAGCCGCCGUCGCCGCCGCCACCCCCGCCGCCGGUGACCAACACGUUGUAUCCAUGCAACACAGACGGUGCAAUUCGCAUUGUGGGCUCGUCCACCACUACCCUUGGUUACACUGUAACCGUGGGCCGCAUUGACCUGUGCCAUGCGGGCCAGUGGGGAUCCGUUUGCGGUCGGGACUGGAUCUACGGUGACAACAGCGAUUAUGAGAGUGACCUGCUUUGGGACGAUGAUUCGGCUCGUGUUGCCUGCAGACAGUUUGCAGGAGCAUCUCAGACGGUAGCGAGCUACUCGGCGUUGUUGCCUGGCGCCACGUCCUUUCCUGGGCUCCCAAGUGCCAUGCGGUUCUGGUUGGCUGCGGUGCAGUGUGAUGGCAGCGAGGCGACGUUGGAUGAUUGCGAUCGGUCGGGUUGGGGCAGCGUGCCGACGACUUGCGGGGGCGGCGAUGCGGUGGGUGUGCGGUGCGUGUUGAGGUCGAGCAGCGGAGCAGGGUGAGGUGAAGAGCUGGGUGAAGAGCUGGGUAAAGAGGGAAACAGAAAACUUGUGACAAGGCUUAACCCUGUGCUGCAUCAUGGUUGCUGACCUUUCCACCUCACCCCGAAGCAGGACAGAUGGCAGGAGAUGUGGAAGGUGGUCGGGUGCAGGAUUUUGAGUAGCAAUGGAAGAGAGAAUAGGAAGACGGGAAUGGCGGUAAGAGUAUGUUUAGGACUUGUUUUUUUUGGUUUGUGGACUAAUAGCCUUGGUGCAGUGUAUUAGCGUAGGACUUGCGCGACAGGCGUGCGUGGGGCCGUGUGCAAUGGCAGUGCUGACCUUGCCAUGAUUGGGACUGCUGGAUGAUUCACCGCACAUGACAACGAGCGUUGCUUAUUAUUUGUAGUUUAUAGUUGGCGUCAUCAUUUUGCGAUUAUGCUGUUUAUUGAUGCCCUUUUAGCAAGUGGUCAGCUGUCCGCCUGUGAUUGGGGCGGUUGGAACUCAAUAUGUACCUCCAGCAAGGAUGUGUGGUUAGCUAGCGUUGAUAAGCAUGUGGGCGUGUGCAUGAAUCGCAGAGUACAAAAGGUAUUGGGAGGAUAGGAUGUAUAUGACUUGAUGCAUCACCUUGAUGAACCGCUUUGUUUGAAGGGACACAAGACGCUUGCGGUCUAAACGUUACCGUGAUGUAGGCAUUCCAUUAGAACGAGCGUGUACUGAUGCAGCGGCAUUGCGUGUUGUGCUCUUUUUGCUUGUUCUUGCUCCUGGAUGCUUUUGAUGUUGAGGCUGCGAGCAGCUGGGUUUUGGAUGACUCUUGAACUGGACAUGCCUGACGUUGGAUGAUGAGCCAACCGCAUGUGCCGUCCGUGACCACAAUGCUGCUGUGCCGCGAUAGACCAGCGUCUGCUUGAGGUGAGUGUGUUUCCCGGAACGGCUGACAUGCACGUGACAUGUCUGAACGGUGUGGCAUAUGGAAGCUCCCGAGGAUGGCAUGUUGCGAUGGCUUAUAAUGUGCGGAAAGCACCCCUGCCUGGGAGCCCAACGAGCCCCGGCAACGAUGUUCAGGACUGCAAAAUGUUCAAUGUGUGCCUAUUAACACCGUCAACGUGUUCCUAAAUAGGAUCUGGCCUAUGACGGUUGGUACGAAUGUCGACCUGGAGAGAGUGUAGAAUGUCGUUCAGACGCGACAAACUUGAGGGGGCGUGUUGUAAGAAAUGCCUCACACCUCACGUACCAGCGAACGUUACAAUUGUUG